UGGACGAAAAAAAAAGAAGUUUUAUGCGAAGUGAGGUAACUUCGCAGAAACAGCGCGAGUCUGUUGAACACAUAAACACCGAUUUAACAGUGUCCCUUUUGUAAGGAUUACUUACAGCUGUAGCUAUGACGCCAUCUCGGAGUAGUGCCACGGGCGGAGUUCUUCCAGUAAGCAAAGUGAAAUAUUCCAGAUUGGCUGAUAGCGAUGAAGGCUACAUCGAUCUGCAGUUUAAGAAAAGUCCACCCAAAGUUCCGUACAAGGCUAUCGCGCUGGCGACGUUCCUCUUCGUCAUCGGAGCUCUGCUGAUUAUAGUCGGUUCCCUGCUUUUGACGGGACACAUAACUGUCACCAACCCGGAUCGCACGGUUCCAGUCCUUAUCAUCGGAGUGCUGGUGUUUCUUCCUGGAUUCUACCACUUGCGGAUUGCUUAUUACGCCUCCAAGGGUUACCGCGGUUACUCCUAUGAUGACAUUCCGGAUUUCGAUGACUGAUUUCAUCGUUGAUCAGACAAUCUCCUGAAUUAGCCAAUCAGCAAGCGGCAUGGGAGGCCUUCCUCUGCCCCCUGUACGUGUGUGUU